AUGCGACUGUACAACUUUAAUGUAACGCCAAUGGCACAAAUAUACUACUCCCUGCUGUUGGUGACGAUCUCGCAAAUUGUCCACACCAGCCACAUGCGGGAAAUUUGCGAAAAGAGGGACAUUUUCUUCGAACCAUUUCGUUGCCAGCUGUACGAGCUGGAGGUAUUGGACGAACCCAUCACUUACCUGUUGUACGAUGUGAACCCUAGCGAAGGGUUUAACCUACGUCGCGAUGUCUACAUCAGGAUGGCUGUGUUUCUGGAGUUCCUCCGCACACAGCAAGGAUACCGUCGGGCGAAACUGGUCCUACCGCCUUGGUCCAAUCUAGUGCACUGGCGAAGCCACAACAUCGACCAGACGCAGUUGUUCUGGAACCACUUUUUCGACCUGCGAAGCAUGAAGCAGUACACGGAUGUGAUCGAUAUGGAUGAAUUUUUCGCUGAGUACGAACGUUUGCACGGCCCCGACACGGUGGUGAUGCUCGACGAGGUGUACAAAAUGAAACACUUUGAAAACAUGUUCGAGAACGGUGUGUUCGUGGACAAGUUCGAGGAGCACGUGUGCCCGAAAAGCCACGACUAUUACGAUGGCGGUGCGCUCUCGUACUUUGGGUACGCAAACUUCUCCAGCGAAGAGUUCACCUGUCUGCACUUUCAAGGCAGUGCGAUGCUAUUACAUAAGCUGCUGGAAACAUACAAACCGCAGCGGGUCCAUCACGUCCGGUACGUGUUGGUGCUGAAUGCGGAAAUAGUCCUGCACGAUCUCUGGGGCAAUAUCGAUUACUGGGAGGUUCGCCGAUCGAUGCGUUUUGCGGGGGAGCUGAUCGAGGUGGCGGCACGGUUUCGGGCCGAAUAUCUCGAAUCAUCCGAUCAGCAGGAUCGGACGGUGCGACCGGCCCGAUGGAUGGAUGAACGAAGUCAUCGUAAUGCGCGUGGCGGCGACUAUCUCUGUGCCCACAUACGCAGGGCAGACUUUCUGUACGGACGUGAUAAAACAACACCAACCAUUCAGUCGGCCGCCCUACAGAUCCGGGCAAAGUUGCUCGAGCAAGGCCUGAAAACGGUCUUCAUCGCGUCUGACUGCUCGCGGAUGGAGUUUUACAACCUGAAAAACUAUCUGAAACGGUUUCGCGUGGUGCGGUUCGUGCCGGAAAGUUACGAACAGCGGUUCGCACUCAAGGACGGCGGUAUUGCAAUCGUGGAUCAGAUCGUAUGCUCCCAUGCGCGGUACUUUAUCGGCACAUACGAAUCUACCUUCACCUACCGAAUCUACGAGGAGCGCGAAAUUAUCGGUUUUCCGAAGGAUCUGACCUUUAAUACUUUUUGUAAGAGUGAAAAAGAUAUGAACUGUGAGAAAAAUACGGUGUGGCCGAUAGUAUAUCAUUAG